UCUGUCCCCUCCCCUCCCCCCGCCUACGUCCUUCCCCACGUGCGAAACGUCAACACCUUCUGCUCGCUGUGUUUUGUGUCGUUCUAUCAUCUCGUGCAUUGAAUAUCGUUUUCUGAACACUGACAUCAUGGGGAAAAUAAACGUGACCAUGUUACGCUACCUAAGCAAAGAAGAUUUCCGUGUUUUGACUGCUGUUGAGAUGGGGAUGAAGAACCAUGAACUGGUGCCAGGAUCUCUUGUAGGCUCCAUUGCAAGUCUUCGGCAUGGUGGUGCUCACAAAAUUCUGAGGGAACUCUGUAAACAUCGUUUGCUUACUUAUGAACGUGGAAGACAUUAUGAUGGCUAUCGUCUUACUAACUUGGGAUAUGACUACCUUGCCUUGAAAGCCUUGACUAGUCGAGGUGUUGUUAGUUCAUUCGGGAACCAAAUCGGUGUUGGCAAAGAAUCUAAUAUUUAUGUUGUAGGAAAUGAGGACGGUGAACCUCUUUGCCUGAAACUCCAUCGACUGGGACGUACUUGUUUCCGACGUCUUCGAGAGAAGAGAGAUUAUCAUGCACAUCGGAAUGCUGCAUCCUGGAUUUACCUGUCUCGUAUCUCAGCCACCAAAGAAUUUGCUUACAUGAAAGCCCUUUAUGAUCGUGGAUUCCCUGUGCCUACCCCAAUUGAUUUUAACCGACAUUGUGUCAUUAUGAAACUUGUUGAUGGAAGCCCCCUUUGCCAGAUUAAUGAAGUGGACGAUGUUGAGUGGCUAUAUGAUGAACUUAUGAACCUUAUUGUCAAACUUGGUAGUUACGGAGUUAUUCAUGGAGAUUUCAAUGAGUUCAAUUUAAUGCUGACUGAUGAUGGAAAGCCUGUUGUAAUUGAUUUUCCUCAGAUGGUUUCAACCAACCAUGCUAAUGCUGAAAUGUUUUUUAUGCGUGAUGUCAACUGCAUCCGUGAUUUUUUUAGGAGAAGAUUUGGCUAUGAGAGUGAAUUUCACCCAACAUUUAAGGAUAUUACGCGUGAAUCAGCUCUAGAUGUUGAAGUUUCUGCCAGUGGAUUCACUAAACAAAUGGAAAAAGAUCUUCUAGUUGGGAUAGGAGUUCAGAGUGAAGAGGAAAGUGAUGGAGAAGAAGCUGAUAUCGAUUCAGAGGAACCAGUGUCAGAAAGCAUUGAAAUAGAGGAAUUGAGGAAGCACGUCAAUCAAAUAAUUAUAGAAGAUGAAGAUAAAACCAGGAAAGGAACUUCACAAGCUGUGAGCAGUUCCAGUACUGCUCCACCCAACACAGAGAGCGAAAUGGGAAACACAUCAAGCGAGUUGCUCUCUGAUGAAGUACCACCAGAGCUACCGAAAAGUCCGGAGGAUGCAGAUCCAAACCAUAGGUCAUUGCACACGAGGCUUGUGUCAGAGUGUGACAGUGAUGUCUUUAGUAUUCGUAGUGCCAGAACUAACGGCCUGUCUACUGCCUCAACCAUAGCUCCCGACGUAAUUAAAAAGAGGGUUCAAGUAGCUCUAGAUAAAAGAGAAAGGCAGGCUGAGAGGAAGAGAGUACUGGCCAAAGGCGAAGCAAGUGCAGUUACUAGGUCACGCCGUGACAAUGCCAAAACAAUUCAGGAGUGUCAUGGAGUGUGGGGAUGGGAUUAAUCAGACUUUUCAGGGAUAUGCAUUAUUUUACUUGAGUUCUGGUGAUAGAAUAUACAGAAUCUACUAUAAUACAGCAAACUUUUUCUUAUCCUUGCUCUUUACAUGUCUUUGUGUUGCUCUCGAUGGGGUUCAGAGUAGUUUUUGUGUGGUGUCUCUAGGUUCACUUGUGUCAAAGGUUUAAAAACCAACACAAAAUCUUAAUAGGAAUAUAAUUUAUUCUACUUUGAGUUAAAGGCUUAAGUAGUAGCACAAUUAGUGGUCAUGUCAAUAAUGGUAAACUAACAACACAGACAGAAACCAUUGCACAUUGCAAUUAUAGUCAACCACUGAGUUCAAAACUAUGUAAAAAAUAUAACUUUACUUAAUUUACAAAUCAAUAAAGAUGCUACGAUGUGCACAAAAAAGGAUAGUCCUAAAAGGCACUAUAAUUGGUAUACUACUCUUGAAAACAUGUCAUUAUAACUUGGUAACAGGAACAUACUAUCAUCAUGCAUCUUAAGAAAUGCGUGUAACACUUAGGGAACGCUAUUUAUUUAAUUAUAAAUGGGAAAAAGAAGCAGUUUUAGUUGUGAUUCACCUUAAAUUGGCACAGCAUGAAUAAGUGUAACUUGGAUAUUACAAACUCUUGGACUUCUGUCUGGGGCAUAAAAACAUUUGCUAGUCUCAAUAAUCAUCCGGCAGUCUUUCAUUCAUAAAAGUUGUUAGUACAUAGAAACAGAAGAACUGGACCAGCUAAAAGGGGAAUGGAGAGAGGAAGGAAGGAAUACCAUACUAUCACUUAGACCAGGAGGGCAUUGUUACAAAUAAAAUUUAAAAAAAAAACAACAAAAAAACACAUAGCAAUGUUGAUUAUGUAACUUUUUAAGAUAAACAAAAGAUAUGUGGAUGGAAAUAAAAUUUCAUUCAAGAUGGUUCGAUUA